GGUUGUUCUCCCAGGCAUUGUGCAGAUGGACAAAGUCUCCAAUCUAAACAAGUGGCUGGCGGGAAGAAAGGGUAAAAGGAGCUUGGACCAAGAUGAGUGGAUUUCAAUAGAGGAACUUAUUCCAGGUAAUGUAUUUUAAUUGAACACGUGUUCCUGGCUCCUGGCACUUGUAUUAUGAAAAAUUACAACAACAACAAGUGUUAAAAUACAAAAACCUGGUUUGGUGUAUGGUAACAAUCGUCACCAGUAAGGAAUGAAUAGAGUUAAAGAAAUAGCAUCUCUUGACCUGGGAUCAGUUUAAAGGAUUACUGGGUUCAGCUCAAUGAGUCACUGGGGGUCAGUUUAAGGGGUUACAUGGGUCAGUUUACGGGGUUCUGUGGUCAGCUUAUUCGGUUUCUGGGGUCAAUUUAUUAGGUUACUGGGGACAUUUUAAGGCGUUACUUGGGUCAGUUAAGGUGUCACUGGUCAGUUUAAAGGGUCAUUUAUUAAUGUGCGUAUUAUGUUUCUGGGGUCUUGUAAUAGGUUACUGUGGUCGGUUUAGGGUGUUACUGGGGUCAAUUAUAGUGUUACUGUUGUCAGUUAGGAUGUUACUGAGGUCAUUGUAAUGGGUUACUGGGGUCAGUUCAAGGCAUUCCUGGGGUUAUUUAAGGUGCUACUGGGGUCAGUUAAGGUGCUAUUGGUUAAUACAUACAUGUUCCUUAAAACCUAGAUUGCGAAAUACUGUAAACAUUCAAUAAAAUAACACAUUAUAAUAAAUACCACUAUUAUAUGAGCAAAUUAUUUAAUUUAUGUCUGUUACUGUCUUGUUCGUUUAAUAAACUUGCAAUUGAAAUAAAAAUGGUUAUCUUCCAUCACAGGUGACAUGGUGCGUUAUUGCCCCUGGACAUUUGAACACCACACGGAAGAUUACGUGGAGUCAGAACACUUACAGGCAUUCUCACACUUCACCUUCAUGCACACCAACGGAUCUCUUGUGGCCUGCGACUUUCAGGGGGUUUGUGAGAGGAAAAACUCAACUCCCCGCUACAUCUUCACCGACUCCACCAUCCACUCCAGAUGCAAACUGUACGGUCUCUUCGACAAAGGGGAAUACGGCAUUACCGAGUUUUUCAAAUUGCACAAAUGCUCAAACAUUUGUAAAAAAUGGCCGAAACCCACCCCACUGACUCCACCCCCAUCUUUUGAGGAAGCGUGCGCAGCACAGAGACUCCAUCUUGCAUCGGCUCCAACAUUUGAAAACAUUGUUUUUCCGGCCAGGAGCUUAAGCAAUAUUAUAUUAGACGAUGAAAUCCAUCAAGUUAGUCCUACAACAAGACAGGCGACUGGCAGUAGGAGAAGACAUCAAAGUGACCACCAGACAAGAGUGCACAUAAUAGCGCAGACGGAACGGCAGACUACAAUCAGCCAUCGCCACAGACGGCGCUCCAGUAGCUUAUACGACAAUGUAUCCUGUUUAACAGAUACGAGCAACGUGAGUAACGAGUCCCAGCCACCAGCUUAUGACAGUCUGGUGGCAACACAAGAACGCCCCACGGCGUUCUCACUGGACCACAAUCGACCCCCGAGCUUACAUGACAACACCCACGGCCACCACGCUGUCCUGUCCAAUUCUUCAAGCUGCCCGCUCCUUGAAACAGCACAAGGUCACCAUGAAAGACCUCCCAGGCAAGCGUUGGGUCGUAGCGCCACCUGUGAUGAGGUGGAUUCAACCCGACACUCGACACCAGGGCUAACUUUUGAGGAAAGCAGAGUUAGGAGUUGGAGCGAAAACGUGAUAAACCCCAAUCUUCAGCAGAGGAGGAUAAUGAAUCUUUAUGCAUGCCAGAGGGAAGGGGGUAGGGAGCAGAUCGUUUACCUCCGUGGUCUACAAAAUGAACUACCCCCUUUAAUAGUUCCAUCUGCCCCAAGAAAUCCAGGAGAAUAUUUGAACGAUACAUAAAAAAUAUUGGGAAUUAUAUUUCCUAAAUAAUUAAACAAUCAAAUAUUUCAUAUUUUUUACGCUGCCCCAAUAGCUAUUUACUUAUAAUAGCUUGCUAUAAUUUAAAUGAAAAUCUCAACAAAGUAUAAAACGUAAUGCAUGGUUAGAGGUUAAUGCUGGUGAAACUUUUGGUUAGAGAUUAAUGCUGGUGAAACUUUUGGUUAGACUAGAGGUUAAUGCUGGUGAAACUUUUGGUUAGAGAUUAAUGCUGGUGAAACUUUGUAAUAUUUUCCUAGAAAUCAGCAUCAAUCUCUAAACGUAAUGUGUAAAUGAAAUGUAAUUAAGUCAAAGUUUGUUCCAUUUAUUUAAAAGCAUAAUAACCUUUUUUUUUUCAAAUCAAAUAAAUUAUAACCAACUGGACUUAAGCUAGACAUGUACACAUCUAUAUAUCUUGGACUAUGUAAAUGACAACUUUAUUUUUAAGUGAAACUGAAUGUAUAUUUUUACACAAAGUUUUGAUCUGGGUCAUUCUGUUUGACAGUGCAUCUUCUUGCUUUUAUUUUUGUUUUAAAACAUUAUACUUAUACAACAGUUCUCAAGUUAAACACUGGAAACAAGACAGUAUUCAAGGUUUCAUAAAAAAAACUGAAACAGCAAUAUAUUGCAUGAGUCAAUUACAUUAAAUAUUACUGCCCUGAUUCACUGCCAUCAUGUCUAAGUCAUAAUUUUCUAAUAUGGUAUUGUUUUUGUUUUUUUGUUGGGUUUUUUUCAAAAUAAAUUUUUCUGAUAAAUAAUGGGUAUACUGUAUCUGGAUUGCUCAUCUUAUAUUGACCAGAUGGAUGAUAGCUAAGUGCAGUUGUCCAAUAACUGUUUUAGUCAUGCCAUUAGCUCAUUAGCAACAUCUUUGCAGCUCAUCUUGAUGGUAUUAACCAGACCAUUGAUUAUAAUCCCCAUUCCCAUACACUAAUUUGACACGAAUUAUAUCAACAAGUCAACAAGGGCAUUUUUUAAAAUGAAUGUGUAAAUAUAUGAAUCUCAAAUAUGAUGAUGACUAAUUGUACAAAUAAAAAUCAAAUCAUCUUCAUCUUAUGGGGCAUUUCGAAAGUACUUCAUUGUUAAGUUUGUGAAUAGCACACUUGGGGAGAAAAAAAAAACUCUUUGAGCAUGACCAGAGGCAACUUUUUUAUCAUGGAAUGUUUAUUGUUAGAAAAUAUUUUGAUCAGUAUUGACAUACAUUUAUAUUUAUUUCAAAUAAGAUGGGAACAUACAUUACAAAAUAUUUAUGCUUAUUUUCACGUAUUCAUUUGUUCAUUUUUACAUCCUUCACCAAAAUUAAGUCUUAUUUGAUUAUAUCAUCAGGCCUAAUGUUUUGUUUUUAAAAUUUAUAUGAAACAGAGGAAUCGUGGAUCAUAUUCAAUAAUAUUCAUUGUAUAUUUGAGCUUUGUGUUUUUCUCUAAUUUAAUUAAGAAGUCAUUUAAAUUAAAUAAACUCAGGUUUUUUUACGGCACAAGCACAAUUCUAAAACAGCUCAAAUAUUGCAACAAAGGUAUGUUAAUACAAUUUAGUGCCAAUAAGUCAAUAUUUUUUAACACUCCAAACCUUGAAAGUUUUAUUCACAUUACAUUACAAACAUUCACAUAAAUUUAAAUAUGAGGACUAGAAAAAGGAUAAACUAUAAACAGAAAAAAAUUGCUUAAGGGAAUCAAAGAGAGAAAACAAUAACAUAAAAUAGCGUUAAAAAUUGUAUUACCUCUCUUCUCAAUUUACUACAUCACACAAAUAUUUGUUUACUUUAUUUACUACUCCCACCCUCAUUCAGCUCACUUGUGCCAUUAUUUAUUUUUUUUAAUAUCGUUCAUGGAGUUAAAUAAUGUUUUAAAAAAUCCUUGCAGCCUCAUAACUUAUAUUUUUCUACAGUUAGCUUUAAAUUAUAAAUUACUAAUGAAACAUUUUUAGAGUGACAUUGUGAUUGACAUUUUUAGAUAAAUUAUAAUUUCACCGACUUUGUGCACGCCAUUAUUUUCAUAGCAAAUUUAUGAGUGGGUCACACAUUAUUUUCAUAGCAAAUUUAUGAGUGGGUCACACACUGUUUCAGUCAAAGUUGUUGAGUUUAACUCAAAGAUUAUAUUAAUUUGGCAAUGGAUGUAAAUACUGGUACAGUAUCUUGAGGAUUAUUGAAAUUAUGUAAACUUAAAAAUCUGUGAAAGUUUGCAAUAGUUGAGUCUCUUCAGUGUUAUGGAGCCUAGGAGUACCAUAAAUAUAUAUAGGCCUAUAUAAAUUAUAAAGUGUUCUUAUUUUUUUCUUCCCUAGUCUAAGACUAAAUAAACAGAAGCUUCCUUAAUUUAAAAUAUUCACUCAAGUUUUUGCAAAAUUUGUAUUUAGCUGCUGUUUUUUAAUAAAUCAUUAAUUUAAUGCACUCGAAAAAAAGUAUUUUACAUUUUAUUUUUUAUAGAAAAGAGUAAACCUCUCAGAUUGUAACUCAAACUUGACACAAAAUGGUAUGUUUCCUUAUAAAAAUUAAAGCUGCAAUAUUUAAAAGCAGCAAAAAUAUUUUGUCACACGUGACAAUCAUUGCAAAUGUAUCACUCAUGUUUCCCAAAGUGAAUCAAAUAUACCUUUUUUUUUUUUUUUAAAUAUUUAAUUCUCAAACUGUUACCAGCUUAAUAAUUUAUUUUCCCACAAUGAAAAAUAUAUUUUAAUUUUUGUCUUUCCAUUGCUUUUGGCUUUUAGAAAAUAAUUGAAAAUGAAUCAAAUAUACCUUUUUUUUUUUUUUUAAAUAUUUAAUUCUCAAACUGUUACCAGCUUAAUAAUGUAUUUUCCAACAAUGAAAAAUAUAUUUUAAUUUUUGUCUUUCCAUUGCUUUUGGCUUUUAGAAAAUAAUUGAAGACAGUAAGUUUUGGCUUUGAGUAAUUUUUUUUUACAUUAUGGCAUUACUAAAAACUCUAGAUCUAAUCAUUUUUAUUCCAUUUUUUUAAAGCAUUUAUAUUAUUUUUUUUUUUUUUUUAAAUACUGUAAACAAUAAAAUCAUUGGUAAGUAGGGCCUACCUGUGAAAAUAUAAGUGAAUUUUGAAUGCAUUAAUGCAAUCAAAAAUGUUGUGUGCCCUCUUGUGUGACACAAGUCUGUGACUAAUCAAAGUUAUAGUAAUAUUGAAAUUUUGAAAGUAAUGAAAGGCUCAAUAAAAAGAAAAUCAUUUAAUUGAGACAUAAAUAUUGCUGUAUUUUUUAAGUUUCCGACAUGGUACAAAAACAUGCCUAUGCCAUUUAUGCCUGAAAGAUAGAAUGAAAGAGUUGAACUAUGACAAGGUCAAAGGAUAAUUUAAAAGUUUGAUUGUUUCAAUGUUAAAAUUAU